UCUCCGAUAAAUGAAAUGGCUUUUGAUGAUAUACUUCUAACUGUAGGAGAGUUUGGUACCUACCAAAAGAUCACUUAUGCAUUGGUUUAUGUUUUGGUUCCCAGCUGCGCCAAUGUUCUUGCUGUGGUUUUCUUGGCAGGUUCGUCAGACCAUUGGUGCCAGGUAUCUGAAUGGAACAACGCUGACUGCACUGGGUUGGGAUUAAAUGAGAGCGAUUGCUCAUUCUACAAAAAAUAUCUCAGCAUUCCACAUUCCGUAGCAGACGACGAUACGAUUGUAUACGAUCAAUGUCACAAGUACGAUGUCUCCCAGGUAUCGUUUAGUGAUGCGAUGGCAUACUUUUCGGAAAACACCAAUCAGAGUGGAUCUCGCUAUGACUUCAUGUCAUGUGAUCAAGGAUGGGUGCACGACAGGGCGUUAUCAGCAUACACCCUUACCCAGUCGUUUGACCUGGUUUGUGACCGGAAAUACCUGAUCAAUCUGUCUCAAUCCAUCUUCUUCAUAGGCGUACUCAUAGGCUCUGUCCUUUUUGGUGCAAUUGCAGAUAGAUAUGGAAGAAAAAUAACACUCAUCAUCUCCAAUGUUCUCGUGGUUGUAUUCGGUGUCGGUGCUGCUUUUUCUCCGAACUACAUAACUUUCGUCGUGGCGAGGACUUUUCAUGCUGCAGGAUGUUACGGGAUGAUUAACGUCUCCCACUUGAUAGGUACCGAGUUCGUGGGUCCAUCGAGACGUGCAUUUGUUGGCAUCUUCAUCUCCGUGUCGUUUUCCUUGGGCUUUAUCACUGAAUCUGUAAGAUGGCAGAUCUCUAAAGGUCGAUAUAAACAAGCUGAAAUAAACAUUAGAAAGGUCGCUAAGAUCAAUAAGGUUAAACUCACAGAUGGAUUCUUCGGGCAACACAACUUCUACAACUCCAAGCACGGACCAGGUGACACGAAACGUGAUACGAAUCUUACCGAUCUCUUUCGCACACCUGUCCUUCGAAAGAGAAUGUUUGUUUUGAUAAUUGUUUGGAUGACCAAUAACCUGAUCUACUACGGCUUGCAUCUAAGCACUGGCAGCUUCGGAGUCGAUAUCUAUCUGAGUUUCGUCAUCUCGGGCGUUGUCGAGAUCGUUUCAGUCGUGCUCUGUGUCCCUUUGAUCGAAUGGAUUGGUCGUCGAUACAGCAUGAUUGCUUCCUUGGUGAUUGCCGGCGUGGCGAGCUUUAUCGUCAUGUUCGUCCAUGCUGGUGCGGCCAAAACUUCAAUCGCCAUGGUCGGAAAGUUUGGAAUCGCUGGCUCCUGGGCUAUUUGUGGAAUUUAUGUCAUCGAAAUCCUACCAACUCCUACCAGGAGUGUUGGUAUUGGAAUCUGCUCCAUGGCAUCUCGCAUCGUUGCUAUAGCAACCCCUCUACUGCUGCUCCUCUAUGAUGUAUGGGCGCCUGGUCCCCUUGUUCUCCAGACCAUAGCUGCUCUGGUGACGGCUGGAUUGUGCUUUAUCCUCCCAGAGACGAGAGGCAAGAAACUACCAGAGACUCUUGAAGAUGGUGAAACGUUUGGAAUAAAAUCGACAGAAGAAAUUCAAAGCAUGGACAAAUUACGGUGCGUCUGCAACAUGAACCAAAGUGGACAAAGAAUGACGAAAUCUAUUUUACAUCGCUGACAUGAUUUUGUACAUAAUGACACAAUCAAAUACCCACGCGAUAAUCUAAAAGAAAAUGUAUCAUUAUAAUUUUGAUGGAUUUGUUUUUCUUCUUCUCGCUGCAGCAGGCCUGAAUCAAUAUGUUACUAAGAUUUAUGACG